CACCGGGCUCCCGGAAGGGCCGGGGGCGGGGCAGGCAGCGGCAGCGGCAGCCCGACAGACGGACCGACUGACCGAGCCCUGGUGCCCCCCGCCCCGCCCCCCAGGGCCGCCAUGACCCUCCCCGUCUUCUUCGGCUGCAGCUUCAUCGCCUUCGGGCCGGCGCUCGGGCUCUUCCUCUUCACCGUGCUGCGGGACCCGCUGCGCAUCAUCAUCCUCAUCGCCGGGGCCUUUUUCUGGCUGGUCUCCCUGCUCUUGUCAUCGUUAGUCUGGUUCAUUGCGGUUAAAGCCAGUGACCCAGGAGAUGAGCCGUUGCAGAAGGGCCUCCUAAUAUUCGGGGUCCUGUUCUCUGUGCUCCUACAAGAGGCCUUUCGAUUUCUCUACUACAAAUUGCUCAGGAAGGCAAUUGAAGGGCUGGUGACCCUCAGUGAAGAUGGCUGCUCCCCGAUUUCCAUCCAGCAGAUGGCAUAUGUAGCUGGCCUGGGCUUUGGGCUCAUGAGUGGCGCCUUCUCCAUGAUUAACCUCCUGGCAGAUGCACUGGGGCCUGGCACUGUGGGGAUCCAUGGAGACUCGCAGCUCUACUUCCUGACCUCGGCCUUCAUGACCAUGGUGAUGAUUUUCCUUCACACCUUCUGGGGAAUCCUCUUCUUCCAUGGCUGUGAGACCCAGCACUGGUGGGAGAUGGCGGCCGUCAUCCUCACUCACCUCAUCGUCUCGGGAUCGACGUUCUGGAACCCCCUGUACGUGGGCAGCCUCGUCCCCUCCUACCUGCUGAUGUUUGCCACGGCUGCAUGGGCCUAUGUCCUGUCAGGAGGCUGCACUCGGAACCUGCUCCAGUCCCUGCAGGGGCAGCAGAGCGAGACAAGCCCCCAGCCAGGAUCCUGAGGGUCCAUCAGGAGCUCUUCCCUCAGCUGCUCUCUGCCUGCCCUGCCCUCUGGUGCUGUCAGCUGGGACCUACAGUUGCCUUCUCUGCAAUAUCAUUUCUCUCUUCUGGAAUGGGAGUCCCCCGAUCAGUCCCUGCUGGAGGCAGGUGUCCGGGGGCUCCUGCAGCCAGGGAGUAGCCAGCAGAAUGUCUGAUAGCUGGGGGCUGCUCACCCUGUCCUACCAACCCCUCUCCCUCCUUGCUGUGGACCUGGAUUGGUUUAGCCCACCCUUGAAAGACCCAUGGUUUAACAUGGUGUGAGGGGUUCUUCAGAACUCACUGCGCCUGCUCCACAACCAGUGUGUGUGUGGUGGGCGCGUGCUCUGCCGCAUACAGGGAGAGUCCUUUUCAGCCCCAGGAAGUCUGUGAUCUGGCCAGCAGUUUGACUGGAUACAUCAAAGUGCCGAGCUGGGGAUGCCAGGCACUAAGGAGCUGCAACGUCCUUUCCCCUUGCCCAGGAGUGGCUGUACCAGGGGGCUGAAUUCCCAGCCCUCGCCCCAAGUGUCUGGCUGCUGGUAUGGGACAGACUGCCAGGUACUGGCCUGAGAAGGAUGGUGGUUGGAAAAGGAUGAGGCUGACUGGAUGCCCAGCACUGGCAUGGAGAGGGGAUGAGUGGUGCCAAAGGGCUGAUGCUGCUACGGGAAGGCGAUGGGCAGGUGGUGCUGGCACAGUGCAGCUGGUAGCUGCAUGUCUCAUGCAGACGUGCUGGGAGGAGGGGCGGUGGCAGAGGUUUAUCCGUGGCAGGAUCAGUGACCCUGCCCAUCUCUCUGAUGGGGGUGGAUAUGAGGUGCCUGAGCUGGCACCAGCCCUGGGAAUGUGAGGUGGAAUUGGGAGCAGGGAUCCUGGUAGCCAUGCAGAGGCACCGGGGCCGAGAGCCAAGACUGACUGAGUUUGUAAUGGGCUUUUAUAUCAAUAAAGAGAAAUGCCAGCCUCAAAGAGAA